AUGAAGAUCCUUGGUCCCCCUACCUUUGACGACAAAUUCGAAGAGCGCGUAUACCUCAAGGGUCGCUUGGCUGCAGCUUUCCGCAUCUUUGGCAAGCACGGCUUCGAUGAGGGUGUUGCCGGUCAUAUCACCGUUCGUGAUCCUGUUGAUCCUACUACCUUCUGGGUAAAUCCCUUUGGUCUUGCCUUCUCUCUUAUCAAGGCUUCCGAUCUUAUCUUGGUCAAUCACGAGGGAAAGGUUAUUGACGGAGGCCCUAACCGCAACAUCAACGCCGCUGCCUUCAUGAUCCAUUCCGCUAUCCACGCCGCCAGACCCGAUGUUAUCUGCGCUGCUCACUCCCACAGUCUUUAUGGACGUACCUUUUGCGCUUUGGGCCGUCCAUUGGACAUCAUUUCCCAGGAUGCGUGUGCCUUCUAUAAUGAUCAUGUCGUAUACGAGCAGUUCAACGGCAUCGUCCUUGCUGAGGACGAGGGCAAGAACAUCGCUGCGGCUCUCCAGAACAAGAAGGCUGCUCUUCUUCAGAACCAUGGUCUCCUCACUGUCGGCAGAACCAUCGACGAGUGCAUCUUCUGGUUCGUCGCCUUAGACAAGUUAUGCCACUCUCAGUUGCUCGCUGAUGCUUCUGCCGCUGGCCGUGGUGGACAAACCAUCAAGGUCAACGAUGCGGAUGCCGCAUUCACUUACAAGACCGUUGGUACUCAUAUGGCUGGUUUCUUCAGUGCCAGGCCUUUGUUCGAUGUCAUCCAUAAGGAGACCAACGGAGAGUACUUGGAGUAA